GUGUGGCUUCCCAUCCAGGGCGCGUGCUGGGAUGGAGGCUGCGGCCGGGCAGGACCUGUCUCGUGGGGCGCUGCUGACCGUCGGCUGGCUGCUUCUGACUCGCUUCCCCAAAGCUGUGAGCACAGCCGAGUGUCCCCACCAGAGCCCGGAGCUGCAGCCCUGGAGCCCCGGCCAUGACCCGAACCACGUGGCACAGGUCGGCCACGGCAGAGCCCUGCUGCUCACAGCCUCAGCCACCGUCCACUCUGUCCAUAUCACUGAUGGGGGGAAGCUGGUGGUCCAGGACCAUGGGCAGAGUAUCGUGCUGCGUGCACGCCAUGUCCUGAUCGAGCAUGGAGGGGAGCUGCACAUCGGGAGCGUUCACUGCCCCUUCCAGAGCCACUUCAGCCUCGUCUUAUAUGGACGGGCUGACGAGGGCACGCCACCUGACCCCUACUUCGGCCUCAAGUUCCUGGGCGUGGGCAGGGGUGGCGUGCUUGAACUGCACGGACGCAAGAAGCUCUCCUGGACAUUCCUCAACCGGACGCUGCACCCCGGUGGCAUGAGGGAGGGAGGCUACUUCUUCCAGCGCAGUUGGGGCCACCGUGGGGUCAUCGUGCACGUCAUCAAUCCUGGGUCGGGGGCUGUCAUCCACUCCGACCGCUUCGACACCUAUGGCUCCAAGAAGGAGAGCGAGCGGCUGGCCCAGUAUCUGAACUCUGUGCCCGACGGCCAAAUCCUGUCUGUUGCUGUGAAUGACGAGGGCUCCCGCCACCUGGACGACACAGCCAGGAAGACCAUGACCCGGCUGGGCAGCAAGCACUUCCUACACCUGGGCUUCAGACACCCCUGGAGCUUCCUCACGGUGAAGGGGGACCCCUCGUCCUCGGUGGAGGAGCAUGUCGAGUUCCACGGGCAUCGGGGCUCGGCGACCGCCUGCGUCUCCAAGUUGUUCCGCUCAGAGCAGGGGGAGCUCUUCAAUGUCACAUCGUGCAGCGAAUGGGUGCAAGAGUUGGUGUGGACUGAGUGGUUUGACCACGAGCAGGUGUGGCCGACCAAGGGCGGGGAGAAGAGUCCAGACCUGCGGGCCGUGCAUCCUGGGAAAAUCUGCAGCCGCCCACUUGACAUUCAGGUCAUCACAGCAGAUGGAGAGAAUCUCACAGCUGAGGUCCUGCACAAGCAUGGCCAGGACCACAGGCUUGCGUGCUAUGCCCGGGGCCGCACCUGCCUUCACUACCGUGUGCGUUUCCUCUGCGGGAGACCAGUGAGGCCCAAGCUCACGGUCACGGUGGACACCGACGUGAACAGCACAACACUGACGCUGGCAGCAGACGUGCGCUCGUGGCAGCCGGGGGACACGCUGGUGGUGGCCAGCACUGACUAUUCCAUGUACCAGGCAGAGGAGUUCCGGGUGCUGCCUUGCCGAGCCUGCGCCCCCAACCAGGUUCGCGUGGCAGGAAAGCCCCUGUACUUGCACAUGGGGGAGGAGGUGGACGGCGUGGACAUGCGGGCCGAGGUGGGGCUGCUGAGCCGGAACAUCGUGGUGCGGGGGGAGGUGGAGCCCACCUGCUACCCCUACACCCCCCACGUCUGCAGCUUCUUCCAUUUCGACACCUUUGGGGGCCACAUCAAGGUCGCCCUGGGCUUCAAGGCUGUGCACCUGGAGGGUGUGGAACUGGUGCACAUGGGCCAGCAGCUGGUGGGCCAGUACCCGCUGCACUUCCACCUGGCAGGCGACGUGGAUGGGAAGGGCGGCUAUGACCCGCCCACCUACGUCCGGGACAUGGCCAUCCACCACACCUUCUCCCGCUGUGUGACUGUGCAUGGUUCCAACGGUCUGCUGGUCCAGGAUGUGGUUGGCUACGACUCUCUGGGCCACUGCUUCUUCACGGAGGAUGGUCCGGAGGAGCGGAACACAUUUGACCACUGCCUGGGUCUGCUGGUCAAGGCAGGCACCCUGCUGCCCUCAGACCGAGAUAGCAGGAUGUGCCGGGCCAUCACCGAGGAUGCCUACCCUGGCUACGUGCCCCGGCCGCGGCAGGACUGCAAUGCCGUGUCCACCUUCUGGAUGGCCAACCCCAACAACCACCUGGUCAACUGCUCUGCAGCCGGCUCUGAGGAAACUGGCUUCUGGUUCAUCUUCCACCAUGUCCCAACAGGCCCCUCUGUGGGCAUGUAUGCGCCGGGGUACUCGGAACACAUCCCCCUGGGCAAGUUCCAGAACAACCGAGCACACUCCAACUACAGGGCCGGAAUGAUCAUAGACAAUGGGGUGAAGACCACCGAGGCCUCUGCUAAGGACAAGCGGCCCUUCCUGUCCAUCAUCUCUGCCAGGUACAGCCCCCACCAGGAUGCUGACCCGCUGAAGCCCCGUGAGCCGGCGAUCAUCCGGGGCUUCAUCGCGUACAAGAACCAGGAGCAUGGAGCUUGGCUGCGCGGGGGCGACGUGUGGCUGGAUGGCUGCCGGUUUGCUGACAACGGUAUCGGCCUGACUCUGGCCAGUGGCGGGACCUUCCCAUAUGACGACGGCUCUAAGCAGGAGAUCAAGAACAGCCUGUUCGUGGGCGAGAGUGCCAACGUGGGCACGGAGAUGGUGGACAACCGGCUGUGGGGUCCCGGUGGCCUGGACCACAGUGGACGCACCCUCCCCAUAGGCCCGAACUUUCCCAUCCGUGGGAUUCAGUUCUACGACGGCCCCGUCAACAUCCAGAGUUGCACAUUCCGCAAGUUUGCAGCGCUGGAGGGCCGGCACACCAGCGCGCUGGCCUUCCGCCUCAACAAUGCCUGGCAGAGCUGCCCCCACAACAACGUCACCGACAUCGCCUUUGAGGAUGUCCCGAUUACUUCCAGAGUGUUCUUCGGAGAGCCUGGGCCCUGGUUCAACCAGCUGGACAUGGAUGGGGACAAAACGUCGGUGUUCCAUGAUGUUGACGGUUCCGUGUCCGAGUACCCCGGGUCCUACCUCACCAAGGAUGACAACUGGCUGGUCCGGCACCCAGACUGUGUCGACGUCCCAGACUGGAGAGGUGCUAUCUGCAGUGGGCACUAUGCACAGAUGUACAUCCAGGCCUACAAGAGCAGUAACCUGCGUCUGAAGAUCAUCAAGAACGACUUCCCUGAGCACCCGCUGUGGCUGGAGGGGGCACUGACCCGCAGCUCCCACUACCAGCAGUACCAGCCCGUGGUCACGCUGCGCCGUGGCUACACCGUCCACUGGGACCAGCCAGCACCUGCUGAGCUAGCCAUCUGGCUCAUCAACUUCAACAAGGGCGACUGGAUCCGUGUGGGGCUCUGCUACCCACGGGGCACUGUCUUCUCCAUCCUCUCUGACGUGCACGACCGCCUGCGGAAACAGACGGCCAAGACGGCCACCUUCGUGAGGACGCUGCAGAUGGACAAAGUGGGGCCCAGCUUCCCGGGCAGGAGCCACUACUUCUGGGAUGAGGAUUCGGGGCUGCUCUUCCUGAAGCUGAUGGCGCAGAACGAGCGAGAGCGUUUCGCCUUCUGCUCGGUGAAGGGCUGUGAGCGCAUCAAGAUCAAAGCUCUGAUUCCCCCGGGGUCCCGCACCAGCGACUGCACGGCCGCCGCCUACCCGCGCUUUGCAGAGCGGCCCACCGUGGACGUACCCAUGCCCCGCAAGCUCAGCGUGCAGCCGACCCAGGAGCGUUUCCUGGAGGUGAAGCUGGAGAGCGGCAGGCGUUUCUUCCACCUGCUCAGCGAUGAGGCCUACAUUGAGGUGGACGGGAGGCGGUUCCCCAGCUCUGAGGAGGGCCUCCAGGUGGUGGUGAUCCAUGGGAAGCGUGGCCACGUGCUGGGCCACGCUGUCUUCAGAAAGGCGGUGCUGCAGGGCGUCCCUUGGCAGCUCUUCAGCUACGUGGCGGCUCUCCCCGAAAACUCCAUCGUGCUGGCGGUCUCCCGUGGAAGCUCCGUGUGCAGAGGCCCGUGGAUCCGCGCGCUAGAGAAACUGGGAGCAGACAAGGGCCCCAGGCUGAAAGACCACCUGGCCUUCGCGGGCUACAAAGGCACCUUCCGGCCGCAGUGGGUGUCGCUGAGGACAGACGAGCGCGCCGCGCGGCUCUUCCAGGUGGUUCCGGUGCCCGUGCAGCGCAGGCGGCCGCUGUGAGCUGGAAGGACCGCGGGGCCAAGCCCCGCCGACAGCAAAGCCCCCGCACCCUGCCCGCACCGGGGUGGGACAGCAUCGGCAGAGUGAGUGCAGCAGAGCAGGACCGGACCGAUUUGGGGGUCCCCUGGGCUCCGCCCCCACCUACAGCACCCCAGGGCUGGGUGCCCCCGAGAUCCCCGCGAGUGCAGGAACCACUC